UCCAUGUCCGACUCCGGCUCGCUUGUCCCUUCUUGAAAAACCGCCGCUUUUUCAAGUUCCAAAUUUGAGGCACCCAUAAUAUGGUCGAUGAGGCGUCAAAAUGAGAGAAACCCAACGGCUAACUCUCAAGAACACAAUCUCACGCUUAAUCAAAGAAUUCAAGACCAUGAGAGAGCUUAAGCAAAUCAAUACCCAUAUCCUAACGUCUCCCAAUCUACUCCCGAACGAGCGUCAUUUUCUUCUGACUCGUCUCCUUUUCUUUUGUGCCAUUUCGGAUUCAGGCUCUCUCAGCCAUGCUGCCGAUGUUUUCCGACUCAUAAAGAACCCAAAUACCUCUGUCUACAACGUUAUGAUUAGAGCUUAUGCCAGCAAAACCAAUGGUGGUGAUGAUACAAAUUCGUGCCCGUCCUUGAUUCUAUAUAAGCAAAUGCUUCAUGGUGGCAUUGCACCAGAUUACCUCACUUUUCCGUUCCUCCUGAAGGAAUGCACCAGGAGGCUUGAUGGUGACACCGGUCAAAGCAUUCAUGCCCAAGCCAUCAAGUUUGGACUCUAUGAUGACGUAUUUGUUCAGAAUUCUAUGAUAGGCUUGUAUAUGGCGUGUGGAUAUUUGACCUUUGCCUGGAAGUUGUUCGACAAUAUGCUAGAUCGGGAUGUUGUUUCUUGGAACUCGAUGAUUAUUGGCUAUUUGAGAAGUGGGGAACUCGACAUGGCGUUGGAUUUGUUCAGGAGGAUGAAGAAGAGGAAUAUUAUUACCUGGAAUUCGAUGAUUACAGGGUUUGUUCAAGGUGGCCGGCCGAAGGAGGCCUUGGAUUUUUUUCAUGAAAUGCAGAUUAUAUGUGAUGUUAUGGUCCAACCGGACAAGAUUACAAUUGCUAGUGUUCUUUCAGCCUGUGCUUAUCUGGGCACAAUUGAUCAGGGAAAAUGGGUGCAUAGUUACUUGAGAAGAAGUGGCCUACAGUGUGAUGUGGUUAUUGGUACAGCGCUGGUUGACAUGUAUGGCAAAUGUGGAUGCGUGGAAAAAGCAUAUGAGGUCUUUAAGGAUAUGCCUAAAAUGGAUACCUUGGCAUGGACAGCGAUGAUAUCAGUCUUUGCUCUUCAUGGGUUUGCUAAAGAGGCUUUUAAUCUUUUUGGAGAGAUGGAAAACCUUGGGGCGAAGCCCAACCAUGUGACUUUUGUUGGGUUACUGUCAGCUUGUGCGCACUCUGGUCUAGUAGAGAAAGGUCGCUGGUGUUUUGACAGGAUGAGACGUGUUUACUCAAUUGAGCCACAGGUUUAUCAUUAUGCUUGCAUGGUUGAUUUGCUUGGCCGCGCUGGGCUCUUUGACGAGGCAGAAUGCCUUAUCAGAGGCAUGCCACUGGAGCCAGAUGUGUUUGUUUGGGGUGCAUUACUUGGAGGUUGUCAAAUGCAUGGGAAUGUGGGAUUGGGACAAAGGGUGGCGAAGUAUUUAAUUGAUAUGGAACCUCUGAAUUAUUCUUUUUAUGUGAACUUGUGCGAUGUAUAUGCCAAAGCUAAUAGAUUUGAUGACAUAAAGAGAAUCAGAACCUUAAUGAAAGAAAAAGGGAUAAUAAAGGAAGUCCCAGGUUGCAGCAUGAUUGAAGUUGAAGGGGUUGUUCAUGAAUUUUCAGUGAGAGGAUCACCUGAAGUUGCACUGGAGGAACUAGUCUGGACCCUGGUUGGGUUUAAUAAGGUGAUGAAGAUAGAAGGUUAUUUGCUUGAUCAUGAUGAGAUAUCAUUGAAUGAUCGUGAUGAGAUAUCAUUGAAGGCAACAAUGUUGCUAUGAUAUGCUAAUAUUUUAUUCUAAAUCAAACGUGUUCACACUUGGGAAACCAGCAUUCUGCUGUUUGAGGAGUACGUCAAAGUUAUUCAGCAACCUCCAGGCACCAUUAGAAAAAGAAAUUUCUUGUUCCAGGAAAAUUAUUGAGAUAUACUAAAUAUGUGCAGGCCCCUGACUCCAUUCAUGGACGGGAGAUGCAUGGAAACAAAGUGGUGAGAUAUGCAUCACCCAGAGGACAUUUAUUUUGCAUCUGACUAUAUAUAGUCCACGACGGGUCAACUUUUAUCCAAUAAUCAAUUGUUUCGACAUAAUAACAUGGAU